AUGUCGGGUCCAGGUGACACGCCCUAUCUCGGCUCAAGAAUCUCGCUCAUUAGCAAGGCUAAAAUCCGAUAUGAGGGUAUCCUGUACGCUAUCGAUACAGAGAACAUGACUGUAGCUCUGACGAAAGUGCGAUCCUUCGGAACCGAAAAUCGCGACUGCGAGCGUCACGUGGCCGCUCGUGAGGAGACCUUCGAGUACAUCAUCUUCCGUGGCACAGACAUCUACGAUCUGACGGUUUGUGAUCUCCCCCAGGAUCGUCUUCCUCAAGAUCCCGCAAUUCUGAACGUUUCUCAGCAACCAGCUCCCAUCGGUCAUCCCCAACCUGGCUACGGAGCUGCCCCAGUGCCCCCAGCACAGCCUGUUGCUCCCACUUACGCUCCUGAACCUCAAGCCGCGCCGUCCCCAGCCGCUGAAGCCGCUCCCCAGCAGCACAAAGACCGACGUGACAACCAAGAGCGCAACCAAAACCGCAACCAGAAUCGGCAGAACCAAGGAGGCAACCGGCAAAACUACAACAACCGCGGAAACAACAACGAGAACUGGAAUCAGAAUCGCUCCCAGCAAAACAACCGCCAGCAAAACGAAAAGGAAAAGUACACUGAAGAGUUCGACUUCGCCGCGGCGAACAAGGAAUUCGAAGAAAUCCGUGACAAGCUUGAUCGAGAGCUCAAGAUUUCCCUCGGCGUCAAUAAAGACGGAAACGACUCUGAAAACGAAGAGAACGAUCAGGAGCCAGAAGAACUGGAGAGCGGAGAGAUCGAAGAAGACACCACCGAAGCGUACUACAAUAAGACGAGCUCCUUCUUCGACAACAUCUCCUGCGAGGCAAACGACCCGAAGGGCGAGAGGAUCACGCGAUCUGCCGAGCGCAAGCUCAACUCGGAAACGUUCGGCAUCACGGCGAACAGGGGCUACCGCGGAGGUGGACGCGGUCGGGGCCGAGGUCGCGGCGGCGGGGGCAACUACCGCGGCCGAGGAAACUACCGUGGAAACAAUAAUUACCACAACAAUCGAAAUAGCAACCAAGACGGCAACUGGCGGCAAGGCCACGACAACCGCGGUGGCAACCAAGUCGGCAACGGGGAGAACAACUACAACAACCGACGCAACAAUUACAACAACCGAAAUCACGGAAACAGUAACAACCAGGGCGGCCAUUGGAGGGGAGGCAACAGCCAGGGCAACAGGAGCUUCAGGGGGCGCGGCAACUACAGAAACAACCAGGGCCAGAACGACAACAGAAAUAACAAGCGAAACGAGUGGGUGGACUACGACUACGACGUUUCGAAAGCGCGCCAAAAGACCGAAGCCUGA